GUCACGUGAUCACCAUCACCUGACGAUGACAUGUUAUUUUUUUACGGCAAGGACAAUUUGUAGCCAGCCUUUCAUUCCCUCUCAUUAAAACUAAAAGAAGAGGCACCCACAGCUCUGCGUGUCCGUGUUUUUUCACUAAUAGUUGCUGGCUGCUGUUAUUGUCAUACACGCGUCUGUCCGCUUCGUCUACCCAGAAUGCCUCGCUUGUUGCCGUCUGGCGAAGGAGUGACUGUGUAGAAAAGACUCAGCUUCAGCUCACAGUUACAAUUGACAUUCAUGAAGUUGUCGUUACUAUGCAUUUUUAUUCUAUGAAAUAAGGCUAAGAGGGACAGAAAAUAACAGGAGUGGGCGAAAUUAGUUGUUGUCAAUCCGCCAGCGAUGCCUCUCUUCACGACCAACCCGUUUGACCAAGAUGUUGGUGAGUAAUCACAAAACUGGGGGCUUUUGUAGCAUGCUAGCUGAAGUAGCUUUGUUUUUGUUCUCAACCUGCCUCCUCCUCUAAUGAAAGCCUGUAGGAAUACCGUGAUACUCUAAAUAGCUGCCUUAGAGCUUAUUUACCGGGUAGACAUGCGGAAAAGCUGAGGUCCGUAUCGUUGUUUUUGUGUUUGUUGUUAUUCACUCAGUUAGCUUGUUAGCACAGUUGGCUAACUUUACGCUAGCUUGAAACCUUAUCUUAUCAUUUUAAUGACAGGGGCGCACAUACUUUGAACAUUUACGUUAAUUGCCAGAUGUGUCUGCCGAUUUAAGUGUUUGUUUGAGUCAUAUUCGAUGUGAAAAAUGUCGUUUUGGUCGAGGUUUGCUGUCACCAGGCGAGGAGCAGCGAUGUUGUCAUCAGAUAAUUGAAAUGUCGUUAGCUUGCUAACCAUCUGCCUCCUCAUCAUGGCUCCUCUCUGUAGCACUUGAUUUCUCUCUCUGAUCAACGAUAUGAUGAGCUUUGACAUCUUUAUGUUGCAGAACUGAAAGAGGAUGUGGUGCAAUUUGAAACCACAGACCCUCCCCGUGUUUCCUCUUUGCUCUUUGAUCUGUGUCGAGAGGCUAACCAUUGCAUUUGCAUGUAACAAUGUGAUAGAGGUCGACAGACAACACCUCAUUUUACUGUGAAAUCUAAACUGUAACCCUCUAAACACACUAUAAAUGCAAAUGUGUUAGGUUUGUGAUGCGUGUGUGGAUUGGCAGGUGUUCUCUGGGCUGUUGGUUAAACAGGUACAGUUGAAACCAGAAGUUUACAUACACCACAUAAAAGGCACAUAACCUUUUUUUUUCUCACCGUCUAUCAUUAAAUCAGAUUAAACUUUUCCUGUUUUUGGUCAAUUGGGAUUACCAAAAUUAUUUUUAUUUGCUAAAUGCCAAAAUAAUAAGAGGGAGAAUUUUUUAGACAAUUCUUUAUUACUUUCUCGAGAGUCAAAAGUUUACAUACACUAAGGGCGCGUUCACACCACCCUCGUUUAGUCCAGUUGAACCGCAGUUCGCGCUCGCUGGCUAACAAGCCGUUCAUAUGCAUGAUCGACUAGCGUCUUUUGAUACACGCUCCAGGUGAGUAGCAAAAGCAAAAUCAGCCUACGAUGCUCCAUGACAGGCGAAGACAGCAGAGCGAGGUUUGUAUUCCCACAUAAACUAAUGACCAAUAACUGAACAAUAUUUGUGGUCACAUGACUUCUGGUUCCGUUUUCUGGAGUGAUUGAGUUUGUCCUUUGUGAACGCAAACCAGACCAGUUAAACAAUCAAAACAAAUGUAUCGUCUUGCCUUGGAUUCGAAUCAGGAAGCGUACCUUUAGGUGUGAACACGACCUUGCUCCAGGGUUCGGUUCAACCAGACUAAACAAGGGCGGUGUGAACGGGCCCUAAGAUGACUAUGCCUUUAAACAAUUUGUGAAAGUCCAGAUGAUGAUAUUGUGUCUUUGGAAGCCUCUGAUAGGUUUAUUGACAACAUUUGAGUUCAUUAGAGGCACACCUGUGGAUGUAUUUUAGGGCACACCUGAAACACACUGCUUCUUUGUGUAACAUCAUAGGAAAAAUCAAAAGAAAUCUGCCAAGAUAUCAGGGAAAGAAUUGUGGACCUACACAAGUCUAGUUUUUCCUUGGGUGCAAUUUUCAAAUGCUUGAAGGUGCCACUUUCAUCAGUUCGAAUAAUUGUACGCAAGUAUAAACACCAUGGGAAUGUCCAGACAUCAUACCGCUCAGGAGACGGGUUCUGUGUCCCAAAGAUGAACGUGCUUUUGUCCAAAAUGUGAAUAUCAAUCCAAGAACAACAGCAAAAUCCCUUUUGAAGAUGCUGGCUGAAGCUGGUAAGAGGGUGUCGUUAUCAACAGUGAAACAAGUCCUGUACCGACGUGGGCUGAAAGGCCACUCUUCCAGGAAGAAGCCAUGACUCCAAAAGAAACAUAAAAAGCCAGAUAAUACUUUUAUGUGCCUUUUAAUAUAUUGUAUGUAAACUUCUGGUUUCAACUGUAUCUCUAAUAUCUCUACGAACACCUGCUUCUUAACAUGCACUAGGAGUUAAAAUAAACUUAUCUGUUAUUUAUCCAAAUGCUCAUAAACUUUAUAACAUUGUACUUUAUCAAAGGGCAAGUGACCUCUUUUUAUAGGGAUAUAAUUGUAAGUAGGGCUGGGUGAUAUGGGAAGAAGUUUAUCAUCAUGUGUUUUUUUCAUAUCAGUCAAUAUCAAUCACAAUGGUAUGCUAUCACAAUAUGGAUUUUUUGGGGCCGAUACCGAUAAUCAGGGGGGAAAAAAUCUGAUUACCGAUUACUCGGCCGAUUUCUUAAAUUUUUUAUGACGUUUUAAAAUUUUGUUGAUUCAAGUAAUAUAUCUACAUAUUUACUUUUUUUUAAAACAAAUGGCUGCUUUUGAGCCUUUCAAACACUUCUUCAAAGAAUUGAAGGCAGAAAACUCAUUUCAAAUCCUUUUUAUUGCUAAAAAAACUGAAAAGGGAUGAGGUAUUUUGUGUAAAGUACAGCGGGGAACAUCGUGAAGUGGGUUAAAUCGAAGCUUGUUGACUUAUUGUGUAUUUCACAAACUAGUUUAUUUGCCGUUGAAGCGGACCACUCUCCUCCGCUGCCUGCUUUAGAUUCAUCACUCUGCUGUGCUGUGAGGUUGUUAGUCGAUGAAGAUUGUCAUGAGGUCGCUGCGCCAUCUACAGGAUAAGUCGGGGGAUCUUUUCAAAUGGUGGAACAAUUUUGAAGUGAAACCGAAUGCUAUCUCCGCAUUUUAUUUCUGAAACUAUCAGCGACAAUCGGCGUGUUUUGGCAGAUUACUGGUUAGUCUCAAACGGGUGCAAUGGCAACAAAGAAAUGAACUCCUAGUCAUACCAAAAUGAUAAAUUGUGUUAUCUCGUCGAGUUUGAUUACUAAUCUGCAAACAGUUCUAGUAAAGAGGAUGUCACAGAACACAAAACGACAUCUGACAGACUGUUGAUAGUGACGAAAUGCAAAAUAAUGGAAUUCAUCCCGCAGAGAAAUGCUGAACCACUGUCAAGACAUUCCCUCUGAAUCAUGAUUAAUAACCCAUGAGGAGGUGUGUGGUGGUGUGUCUAUCUUUAGAGUGUCGGUCUGUCUGUCUGUCUCUGAAUUCUAAUUUUCUGACUAAUUUGGUCAUUUAAUGGGCAUCAAUCAUUAUACAGCUCCCUUUUUAACAGUCCACAGGGCGAGACUUAGAGUAAACAUGUAGAGAUCAGGUGGUGUCACUGUGUCACAGACACACACAUAACAUCUUUCAUUUGAUUGAUGCUCAAAGACUUUACAAAAUGUAAGUAUUUGCUGACCUGUGAUGGAGGAGAAUUGGUGAUAGUGUCUAGUGGCGGUGAGCAUAGCAGAGACACGCAAAUCAAGCAGCAGAAUGAGUGAAACGUAAGCUGUAAGUGAACCAAAUCCAGCACUUUCCUGCAAGAUUGUGGCAAAGUGUAGACAAACUGAUUCAUUUUUUCUGCACUGUUUGUCUCCCUUGCAGCAGGCGUAUAACUACUUAAAAUCAGGCUUUGGUAGCCUUGGAGCUUUUUAAUACUAUCAAAUAAAAACAAAAGAUAAUGGAUAUCUUAUCAUCGCAAAGCAGCCAGUUGGUAUUAAAGUUAUCAGCAGUGUUGGAAACUUUGACAACCUUUCCAACGACAGAAGCUGCAAUGGCAAAAAAAAAAAACAAAGCUGGAGUCUCUGAGAUUUUUGUAAAUAAAACCUCGAGUACGCUUAACACAACCCAAACAUUAUGAGAUUUACAAAUAAGUGUUUACUGGGAGGCAUUUGAAGUGUAUGAGUGCUCCUUUCUUUUGUCUGAGUUGCUUUGCUGUUAAUGUCUGUUUGCACAGGUUGUGAACAUACCUGUUUGCACAGAUUUAGGAGCUGAAUAUGAUCAACAGAAGUACUCACUCUUUCAAAAACAUUCAAAACUAUGCUUCCUACUCCAAGAAGCUUUGUUAUUUCUCAUUUUAGCUGCCGCCCCUCUGAGCUUUACCUCUUACCUGCUUCGGAAACAGUAGCUUAACAGAUCUCAGCAAUCGUCUCACCUCUGCUCUCGAACACAGAUCCCACAAAAGCUUAAUGUUGGUGCAGAAGCAUGUGAGGCAUGACAUAGAAACACACAUCAGGGGCUUCACACUCAAACGGACUCAGACUUGGACAUGUAUCCACACUCACACUGCGCUGUUCUGCUCUGCCAGUUCAGAGUGAUCCCAUCUCACCCCCCGUAAUGCUUCUGUUACCACUUUUAAUGCUGGCACAGCAGUGGGAUGAAUAUUAGACCUCCAUGAUAUAUAUAGUUAUUGGAGUCAAGACGUCAUAGGGGGUAAAUAUUUGGCCUUGAAGUGAUAAUAUGAGGAAAGCCUUUGGAGCUUUUCUUCUUACUUUGUUUGCUUUUGUCUUGCAGAGAAAGCAACCAGCGAGAUGAACACAGCUGAGGACUGGGGCCUCAUUCUGGACAUAUGUGAUAAGAUAGGACAGUCACGCACUGGGUAACUCGACCUCACACACAAAUACUUUUCCACAAGUCAAGGUCUCUCAGUUUACAUCACAUUCCUUGGCAGCAAAAUUUCAUGGACUUAAAUUGGUUGAUCUUUUGUAGCAGUUAAAAGUUGUGACACCUAUCGUUCUGUUACAGGCCUAAAGAAUGUCUCCGCUCUAUAAUGAGAAGAGUAAACCACAAAGAUCCUCAUGUGGCCAUGCAGGCACUGACUGUGAGUAAACUAACAACCUGAUUUGUUGUAAGUGCGAUUGAAUAAUUUAAAGAGGAGUCGCUUUAAUUUUGUAUUUUUGUCGUGGAUGAAGUACUUCUAAAGUUUUCGGAUCUCUGUCACCACAGCUCCUCGGUGCCUGCGUCUCAAACUGUGGGAAGAUCUUCCACCUGGAGGUUUGCUCCAGAGAGUUCGCUAGUGAAGUCAGUAACGUCUUAAACAAGGUAGGUGCGGUUAUUUUUACUUCCAGAGAGAGUGUGUUGUCAAGACGAAGCCCAUACUUAAAAAUUAGGUCAUACUGCCUCCACUUCCUUGCUCUCAUGAUAUGCCUUAUUGUGACUGUCCCCAGGGCCAUCCAAAAGUGUGCGAGAAGCUUAAAGCACUGAUGGUGGAGUGGGCAGAGGACUUUCGUAAUGACCCCCAGCUCAGUCUGAUCUCAGCUAUGAUCAAGAAUCUACGUGAGCAGGGUGUCACUUUCCCAGCUGUUGGGUCCCAGGUGAGUUAUAAUUUACCUUUAGGUAACUGAAAUUUGCUGCUUUGCUUGGACAUCAAGGUCCAGAAUUGGUCUUUCAUUCUUCUGGCUUUGAUUCACCUGAGUGUGUGGUUUUUCUGCAGGCUGCAGAACAAGCAAAAGCAAGCCCUGCUUUAGUGGCAAAGGAUCCCUCCACCUCAACAAACAAGAAAGAGGAAGAAGACUUGGCCAAAGGUGAGGAGAUUUCUCAAGUCCUCAUUGGAGAAACAUUGUUUACGAAACACCAAACUUUGAAGUGUUUCCUUGCAUUGCUUAAAUCGCUGUUUAUGCCGCAUGAAUUCUUUGUGAAUUUCGUGCUGCUUUUAAUGAUUCUCAGGGUCGAACUAACAAUUUUGCAUAUCUGUCUCAUUUGUGUGCAGCUAUUGAGCUGUCACUGAAAGAGCAACGCCAGCAGCCGCAGACCUCCCUGUCGAGCCUCUACCCGAGCACCUCCAGUCUGCUCUCCUCACACAAAUCCGAUGGCAGGAAGGUCCGGGCCAUCUACGACUUUGAGGCAGCCGAGGAUAACGAGCUCACCUUCAAGUCCGGAGAGAUCAUCACAAUCCUAGACGACAGGUGAGUUUUUGCACACAAAUAACAAGCAGGUAAAAGCAGCCUGAGGAAAUCUGUCAAAAAAUGGAGAAAAGGGAAGUGAGGUGGUGUUUUUAGUACGCAGAAGUGAGAGUUAGUUCUUAUUCUGAUUGUUGUCUGUCAUUUUCAGUGACCCCAACUGGUGGAAAGGAGAAACAUAUCAGGGAGUCGGAUUGUUUCCAUCCAACUUUGUCACAGCUGACCUCACUGCAGAGCCUGAGAUGAGUAUGUACACACAAACACAAAUACACUUACACAGAGCACAGCCUUACUUGGCUAAUGACAUCUCUGGUUCUUUGAUAGCCCAUCAAGUCCAUUAGCAAUAUUGCUUUAUCGAUCCUAGAGAGGGAGAUACUUUGUCACUUUCACAUAGCUGGCAGAACGCAGCACGAUUAGGAUGUUGGUUUCACAGACUGAUCGUGUAAGUUAUCAUCACCGGCAGUAAACACAACAACACUUCUAAAUCCUGUUAAGUCAUUCAAGAGUUGCAGUGAUGACAUUUUGAACACAUUUCCUCUUUUUACUACUCUACUCUCCAGUCUGUGUUACCAACACAAAAGUUUCAAGUGUUUGCUUCGUUAACAUCUUCCUCUGGUAUUUGCUGACCUUCAUUUGGUGCCUCAUUCUCUUUGUCAUAUAUGUUUAGUCAACCACAGAUUCAUCAACUCCAUCAUAAUACUCUUGAGUGCAAAACUCUCUGCUCUGAUGACAGAAAGUUUGAGCUUUAUAAUGAAACUGAAAAAAUCACUAAUUAUUGAGAAGGCUUGUCCCGUCUGUUCGUACAGAAAGUGUCUGAUUUGCAUGUGUACGGAUGAUCAACACUCAAAACAACAUAGAAAGAGCUUGAUCAUCUGGCAUUACAUCGAUCCGACAGCAUUCACUGUUGUUGUUGCAGUCAGGUCUGUGUUUGUCAAGCAUCCUGACUACACCAGAAUACUUUCUGCAGCUUUUCUCUUAACACGCCUCUUUGCAUGCAUAACUUCAUCCUAUUCUAUGUACCUCUGCAAUUGCAUCAUCCUCCGAAACACUUUGGCUGCAUUUUUGCUCGAUUCUUAUCUGAUAUUCAGACUUGAUGCCAAGUCACUGUUCCCGAUCUUUUAUAUACCAUUCAUAUAUCUGUUAUUGAUUGCCAUUGUUGCGUUGUUUUGCUGCUGCCGCAUUCGCUGCUGACUUUGGGACUACAGUGAAAACAGAAAAGAAGACAGUACAGUUCAGUGAGGACAUCCAGGUGGAGACCAUAGAGCCUGAACAGGAGCCUGUAUUCAUAGAUGAAGUAAGUCCCUCAUACUGUGCAGACUUGCUAUCCCGUAAAGAUCUCACUGCUGUACCUGCUGAAUAAGUAGAUAAGAAUGAAUGAAUAAAUGUUUAAAACUUCAUCACAGUAACUUCACUGAUUCUUUCAGGACAAAAUGGACCAGCUGCUUCAGAUGAUCCAGAGCGCAGAUCCCACAGACAACCAGUCUGACAGUGUCGAGUUACUACAGUUGGAAGGUAAAGCUUUUGUUUGUUUGUGUUCUGAGUGUUGUCGUACAUUGGGUGCUGUUUCAAUUGAUCAGUUUUAUCAUGAGCUGUACUUUUCUUCAGGUGCAUGCAAUCAAAUGGGACCUCUUAUUGACCAGAAGUUGGAGGAUAUAGACAGGUACAAUGCGCUGAUGUGAUUUGUUUUACUUGGUGAAACUAUGAUUUUUUCAGAUUAAAUGAUCCAUAACCAUUUCUGCGUGUUUUUAUAAAUCAGGAAGCACUCGGAGCUGUCAGAGUUAAACGUGAAGGUGAUGGAAGCUCUGUCUUUGUAUGCUAAGCUGAUGAAUGAAGAUCCAGUCUAUGCUAUGUAUGCCAAGCUGCAGAGCCAACAAUACUACAUGCAGCAGCCGGCCAACGCAGCACAACAGGUACAGUCAUUUUGUCAAAGAGGUAAGAAGGAGCAAAACAGAACAAGACAAACUGAUUCAACCAUGAAAAAACACUUCAGUUUAAAAUGUUUUGCCCUUGAACAAAAAUUUUAAUAAAUGUACCAAGCUUUAAGGUCUUGCCUUCCUUCUGUUGCGGUGGAUAUGUUAUUCACUUCCCACCUUGUAACAAACUCAUUGGUAAUAAAAGCUGUUGAUCCAUCCACAGACUUUGUCCUUCAGGAACACUCAAAAUGCUUUGUGUUUUAUUUUUUGAUCGCAGGUGUACCCCGGUCAGCCUGCAUCAGGUUCUUAUGCCAUGAGUGGCACAGCGGUGCAGGGUUACACUGUUCCUAUGGAGCAGCUACCAGGUGCAGCCCCCAUACCUGGCCAGCCUGCUCCCAGGUGAGGCUCAAGUGACCAAUCAGAUCCUUCUUUGGAUACUUUAAAAUGCUGACAGAAGCUCUGAGUGUUGAGUCUAUCAAUAAAAACAUUACUGUGCUCAUCAGGCUCUCAGGGUUUGCAGCUAGUUGCCCAAUGUGUAACCUUUGUUACAACACUCUUGCAAUGAUGUUCAGAUUCCGUUAAACUGUUCAGUGUGUCUUCUGUGCUUUGGAUUAUAAAUGUCGCCUCUCUGUUUGCUGUAGUGACGUACACAUGUACAUGGGCCAGCCGCCAGUCUACACAGCAGCUCCAGGCAGCAUGGCCCCAGCAGAGGUACAGUCCUACCAGAACCCAGCCAGCGCCCCAGGCCCCGCCCCAGGCCCCACUCCCACAGGCAUGACACAGACGCCAAACUACAGUGCCCCCUCUGGGCCUAGCAUAGCACCUUCCUCAGACGGCUCACAGGCUCCUUACUCAGAGAAAGCCUUGCUAUAGGGUACACUCAUCUCACUGUAAUCCACAAACAGAAAUGCACUAGACGUGCUCAAACAGUGGUCAUACGUCAUUUCUUUUAUCAUCAUUUUAUAAAGUCUUUUAUUAUAAAACUUGAGAAGGAUGGAAACAGCUCAAGAGUAGCCCAAAUUUGGAAUUCGGCACCCUUAAUUAUGUAAACGAUUAAACGGUAACGGUCUUGUUCCAGGUUGAGAAGUGAUCAUAACAGGAGUAAUGAGUAACGAGCUCUCACUAAACACCACAUGCUCUGAAAAUAAGCACCUGGCGUUCUAUGACUAUAUUUAUUUAAUUCAUUAUGAUUUUUCAGUAUUUUCAACCUGCUUCGUCACGUCUUUAUCCAACACAAAUAUGAAGACAUGAAGAAGCUUUUAACUGCACUUCAGGUUUGGUCUGAUCACUUCUAAAUCUAGAUCUGAUUGUAGUAAAUGCACGGUCUGUUUUCAUAUCAUAGACCUUGUAUUUAUUGCUACAACAGAACUUUGGAAAAUGUGGUAAUUCUUGAAAUCCUUACCUGGUAAGGACAAGAUAGUGUUGAAGCAGCUUUCUGGGAGAGAAGGAAAUUUCUUGGAAAAAUGACUCAGUUAAACCAAGUUAAUUUUCAUUACUGUGUCAUUCCAGAAAACCCUAAAAUUCAAUCUGAUUUUUUUGGAUGUAAAACUCACCUGUUUUUUGCUGACUUCAGACUUUUAGCUUCAUUUUAAAAAACACGCAUAUAAUCUUAAAAUAUUUAUCAAAUCUAGAAGUUGUCUUAUUUAAAUUUGCCAAUCGAUUAUAUUUAAAGUAGAAUUAUGUUAAAUAAUCACAAAUUAUUUUGAAAGAACAAGUGCAACUGAAGCCCCGUCAACCUAAAACCAGUAAAAUGAAAUCAAAUGUAUGCAAUUAUAACAUGAACAAGUGUAAAAGAAACACUGUAGACAGGUGUACUGCGGUGCACAAACAUUCACACGCUGUUGCACCACUUGGUUCACAUCUUUUCAGCAGUUUGUCAAAGUUCACUUUCACACAGACGCUAACACAAGCUAAAGAUCCACAGCCUGUUCACCCACUAAAAGCAGCUACAGUGCUAAUCAUGUCACACACACACACACAGAAAAAAAGGUUGUGGACUUACAUUUAUAUUUCUUUGUAUAAAAAAAAGGAAGUGUUAGGCUACUACAUCCUGUAUAUGUCAUCAACUUUUAGAAGUACUGAAAACUGAAGCCACUUUGUUUAUUUCGGAGGAGUUGAAGCAUGCACAUGACUCUUGUAAAUACUGUAAUGAUCUCGUAGUGUAGCCACAUGAUGACCUCAUGAGUGGGGCCGUAUGUUAGCACAGCUCCAGGUGUUCCUCUCAGCCUUAAAGGUGAACUCUGCAGUUGUGAUUGCUCUUCCCUUUUCCCCCCUGGUGUAAAAGCCAAAGAGAACAAAGUGGAUAAAACUAACUCGCAAACCAGAAAAACACAAAACUUUCUUCUUUUUUAAACCAUAAUUGACUCCUAAUUUCAUGCUACGGAGUUUUCCUUUUUUUUUUUAAAACAAGUUUUGUCCUCACACGGGGGCUGUACCAACACACCGGCUGUACCACACACUUGGCUACUAAAGGGGGGGAGCUCUGAACUGCCCCGGUGUCUUUGAAGCAUCUCUUUAGUCAGUGUUGAAAAUUGAAUACAAUGUUUUUUGUAGUGCAUUUUAAUUUAUGUUUCGAUUUCUUGUUAUGCUAUUUUAAACGGAGAAGCAGUGCAGGAUGUAUGUAUUCAGAGAAAAGCAGAAUCUGUGACGUUCUGCCUGACUUAGUUGUAUAUUUAAAUCGCUCACAUGAGAACAUGGACUCUUCUCUCUGUGUAUGAUACAUGCUUAUUGUACUGUAGGGUCAAAUGGUAAUGUGAAAAACCGAUACCACCUACCCCCUUGCAUUUUAAACCUGUCCAUCUCCAACUGUCAACACUAAAACAAACGCUACCUGAAGCAGAUCUGGUGUAAGGUUUCUGGAAAAGUUCCUUGUCUUGUAAGGUUUUCAGUUUCAGCGACACUUUCAAGACAUUCGAGAUCAAAUGUUGAACAAAUACACUUCUCACACCGUUCAUUUUUACUUCAUACUACCUGCUAAAAGUUUUUGGGAAAGACUUGAUGUUCGAUGAUUCUGAUUCCGUUGUUGAAAGCUAAUGAAGCAAGAGAUUUAUUUAUGUUCUGUUGUGUUGAAUGAUGCUACAUGAAGGAAUUAAGAAGUGGAUUUUUUUUUGUCUCUAGAUUUUCCAAUUGCAGGACAACUUGGUAUGUUGAUCUAACUGUAAAUCUGUGUCCUUUCAAUUUCUCAUGAACUGCUAUGUUUGAAUUGUGCUCCCUCUGAUCCCUGUGCCACCUGAAGGCUUUAAAGAACCCCAAACUUUCAACGUGGACCUGGGACUUGGAAGAAAAAGAGGCCAUUUUGUUUUCUAUAACUGGAUCUAAGCAUUAAUAUACGUUUUAUUCAAAGGCCAGAAAUCCUUUUGGCUGCCUUUGACUAAUUUCUACAAGUGGAAUAAUGUUAAUCUUUGGAUGGAUGAGGGCUGAAAAUAUCAAAUGUAUAAAUAGUAGCAGCUAUUCUGGGACCAGGGAACCAGGAGCCAGUUAAUCAUGACGUGACAUUUCGUAGCGCCACAUGUUGGAGCUCAGCCCCGAUGUAACUUUAUUGCACAGGAUUGAGAUGCUGCCUGUUUUUAAGUUUUAAACCAACAUCUUUAUUGUAAAGGUUCUGUCUAAAACUUGUACCCUGCUGUUUGUAUGUAUUAUUUUAACCAUACUUAUUAAUUGAUAUUCACAAUAAAACCAGGCCAAAUGUACAGAAUAAUACCGACAGC